AUGGACAGCUGGUCCAACGAACAAGUCGACAAUAUGCGCAAGGUCGGUAACGCUGCAUCCAAUAAAGUGUACAAUCCAAUCGGCCAAAAACCCCCAGUUCCCAUCGACGCCGACGAAGCCGAUUCAGCCAUGGAGCGUUUUAUUCGCCAAAAGUAUAUCAACUCUGCCUUUUCCAAACCUACAAACGCUGGCCGUCACCGCAGCACCGACAGCUCUGGAUCCGACGAUAUACCACCACCACUCCCACCCAAGACCCCUGGCCGUUUAAAUGUACGCUCCGUAUCCUCCAUCUUUCCCCUCCCCUCCAGGGUCAAAGACAAUGUUUCUGCCAAUAUUGUUGUUAAUCACAGCACUCCGGGCAACCUUGACAAGCAUAACACCACACCAACCUCCCCACUGCCACGUGCCAUGUCAUACCCGCGGCCAGAGUCAUCCGGUUCUGGGGCAGGAUCCAGGAUCCGCAGUAAAGUUUCACAAGUAUUUGGCUCCGACAAACACACCGAUGGCAGCGAGAGCCUUGAUGGAAAGCUGGCAAGGCUGCGUGAUAUGGGUUUCUCCGAUGACCGACGCAACACCGUUGUGCUCAAAGCAGUCAGUUGGGAUCUAGACAGGGCUAUUGACAUGUUGGUGCGCAUGGGUGACGCAGGUGUAAGCAAUGGUCGACUCUCACCCCACCCCCUUGCGUCACCGCGUGAUAGCUCCCUAUCCGCGCCGACCCGCACCUUUAAUCCAACAGCAUCAAUGACGACCGCCACGAGACUGAGCGUUCCCUUACCGACAUCUCUUCGGACACCGUCAUCGCCUUCUGCGAACAGUGGUAUAAAUCCUUUUGAUACACUGGAAACUGCCCCCUCACCAGCGCCGCCGCAGUCAUCCCAAUCGACGGGGACGCUGCAGAACCAAAAACUGUACAGCGCUACAAACCCGUUCGGCAUCGUUCCAACACCACCGCAGCAAGCUACGCCGUUUAACCCAACUGUCACGGCGUCUACGUCCGCCUUCAAUUUGCAUCAGGCUUUUCAGAAACUGGCACUGAGCCCGCCGCAGCCAUUAUUUCCCCACCACACCGGAAGCAGCAUGCAACAACAGCAUCAGCACCAGCACCAGCAGGCCCUCCAAGCACAGUCUCCGCUCAGUGUCUCAUCAGCAGGUCAACCAUACUUUUCUUCCACCUUUCCGGCCGGCCGAUCUCACCAAAGCAAUUUACCGCAACGAGUAGAGUACAAUAACCCGUUCAUGAAUGUUGACAACGCAUCACAGCAGCAGCAGCUACAGCCAGUGCCGCAUGUACAGUAUCAGCGACUCCAGUCCCCUAUGCAACCCCAACAACCGCUGUCUGUCGUAACAUCUGAUUUUCCUAAUGGUACGCUUGGGAAUAAUCCAUUUACACGGUCACCCACUCGCAUUCAAUCCCCAAACGCACUAGGACAAAUCCCAGAGCAGUCCCAAGCGAGCUACUUCACAACCUUAUCCCAGUCGCACACCUACCCACUACCUAAUGGAAACCCGUCCGGCACCUCUCUGUCGUCGUUGCAAAACUCCAACCCGCAGCUACCCCAGCCACCUCAAAGGCCGAUGAACAAUCCGUUUGUGACACAGCCUCCACCUCAGCCGCAGCCGCCGCGGCUGCACAAUACAGCCUCUAUCAUGGCAUUAUACAACAUGCAACCGCUUUCCCCCGUCGUGGCACAACCAUUGGCUUCUCCGUUAGACAAGCCAGUUCUAAAUCCUCUCCAACCACCUGCACAGCAGCAGUCAUCUACAGGCGAAAGUCUCUUUAACAAGAACGAAUCAUCGCAAACUCAUUUGCCUACAACGACACGGGUAGCGAAUAAUCCGUUCCUUACCAUGUCAAACACCACCAGUAUGAUAUCAACAUAUGCCCAACAGAAUUCACAAUAUCCUACCACGCAACCGUCCUUGUCGUCAGUGCAGCGACAACCCCCGCCACCUACAGUUGCAUCGCCCUCUGGUACUACCAUGACAGUGAACCCAGCGGACUUGUUUGUUAGUGGUCGCAGCAGGGAUAGCAUAAUGGCGCUUGGCAUGGAGUGGAGCAACGGGAGGCACAGCCCGGACGCAUUUGCCAGCCUCAGCGCCCAUCAUUAG